GUCUAUGGUCCUUCUGAUUUUCUCAACAUAUGACAGUGCAUUUGACGUUUGAGUGACAUUUAAGUUAUUAUUUAUCGUUUAAUGCAAAAUAUAAACACUUUAAAUGUUUAAAUAUAGUCUAGUUAAUAAAUGUGGCAGCUUAGGAAAUGUCUUGUAAUUCCUCAGGAUACAUGGAUGGAGUGCCUGUUAAAAUUUCCGAACAAUACAAACCUCCGCCUCGUAUCACACUCCCACAAAAUGUAUUUCAAAGAGUUAACCUAAUCGCGGACGACCUCUCAAAUUCCACAUACGAUGUAUCCUUCGAGCACAACGUUGUUAAAAAAAUCAAAGAAUGGCGUGCUACAAAAGAUAAAGAGUCCACCGAACGAAGACGGAGACUCGACCAGUUGCAAGAAGCCGAAAACAAACAAUUAACUGAGGUAUCAUACCCCAGUACUGAUGAUUUAAGUGAGUUAUCAUCCCAGGGUAAUAACGAUACAACACCUCUUGCCAAAACCACAACUGCAAUCCUUCAGCCUCAAUUAAUGAACACGAUACCUUUUACAAAUCCGUCUUUGCAAAACUCGAUCGGUUACAAAAUAAAUUAUUCAGAUUUUGAAAAUGACACGUCUAGUCCGUUUGAUAACAUGGAGUUAAAAACUAUAAAUGAUAUAGAACUUUUAGCACAGGUUUUAAGUAAUUCACAAAUCAAACAACAACAAGAUGAUACGAAUCAGUAUUUUGUAAUAAAUAGUCCUAGUAGUAACACCAAUUCAAAUACUAAAUCCGAUUCAGACAAAUCUUUACCAAACGGUUAUUACAAUUCAAAUUUUUCUUACCAGUAUCCGGUAACAACGGCUUAUGCAAAUUACACUACAUACAAUCAACCUGUCGAGUACAAUUAUCCCGUUCUGUACGAUAAUACACAAUCAAAUUAUUUAGAUUCAAACAAAAUGUUACAAUACAUGCCUUCCCAGAAUCCUAUCGCUCUCAACUAUCAACAAAAUCCUCCUACACACCAGAGAUCGAAAUCUCGCAGUGUUCCUGACAUUGUAAAAGAAUUGGAAGACGAAUUGUCUCAAGCCAAAGAGGUGAUUUCGAAGAGAUCACAGAACGCGAGUCCGGCCCCGAACAAUAAGAGGUCGCCGGAGUUCUCUAGGGGCACCAAACAGCAGAUGAGAGUGAAAAGCAUAUCGGAGAGUGAAGAUCUGUUGGAGAAUCCUUAUAAGAACUUGUCGCCUAGUAUGCAGAAGACUGCUUUUCAUAUCAGUCAGAUGGGGUUUCCACUGCCGAGGACAGCCAGGGCCUGCAAAGCUAUAGGAGAUAAUGAUAAAAAGGUUGUCGAGUACCUCUUGGCAAUGGGCCAACUGAUGGAUUUAGGAUUCUCGGAGAGCAGAGUGUCCGAGGCCUUAUUGAAAUUCAACAACGACCGAGACAAAGCAUUAGACUUUCUCAUAACGUAG